UGUUGUUGUGCCAUAAGAAGAGUCCGACACGAAGCAACUGUAAAACUGCGCUGUUGAUGUUGUGUUGUGUUGCGUAGACACUGCACACAAACAGAGCCACCGAUUUGGCCUACUCGGAGUGGUGAGUUUCUGUGGUGAGUAUGAUGGCCGUCGUCUUGCAAGAUGUUCGCGUGACGAUCAAUGAACGAGGCGAGCUCCUGGAGCGAGUUCGGUGUGAGUAUUGGUGAUCGCGCUCCGUUUUCACGUCUUGCGACUCUGGGGGUUCUGCCUGAUCCCGUGCCGAGUCGGGCCUUUAGUUGAGCCUUACCCAUCGACGGUACCGGACUGUUUCCACGUCGAUCGCGACUGAUCCCAGCAGAGCGUCGAAGGAGAAGAGCGAAGCAGAGAAAGAAGAUCACACACGGCAGGAGUGUGAGUGUGUGUGGAUCAUCCAGAGAUUCCAAGAGAGUGAGAUCGGAAAAGAAGAUCGGCGGAAGAAGAAACGAAAAAAAACGAGAUCGUACUCCGUUUAGAUUUCCCCGUUGUUUUUGUGUUCUGUUAUCUGUUGGUGUAUUCUAACCUGAGUUUGACACCUUGAUCUUUGUACGCUGAGGAGGGAAUGUUAACAGCUCGAACGAAGCAAAGUGAAAUCCUGACAGGUUGAGCAGUGCACCAGAUCAAGAGCCCCCUGGAGGUUAGAGGUUCUGUCUGCGCCUGUGAGUGUGUACAAGUGUAUCCCAAGAUCCCGUGCUGGUGUGGGUUGUGAGAAGAAAUUUCGCCAAAAAAAAGGUCGAGCUGAAUGAAUUUGCCUGAUCAAUGAUCGUCAAUCGCGGGCAGUGCGUCAGGAUAACCAACAGCAGUGGAUGACACAAAUCCUUGGUUGAUUCAGCGUGUUCGAAGAACAAGUGCGUGUGCCAGUGUAUGUGAAAAGGGUUGGAGAAAGUACGACGACGACGACGUGAGCGCAAAAGAUAAAUAAAAGCCUCGAGAUGCCCUGCAGUGCAGUAACGCUGUCGCUCGCGACGAUAUCCGCCAUUAUUGCCGUUGCCCUGCUGGCAAUCGCCUUCUCCACAGAUAAUUGGCUGAGCUACGAAGUGAAGCGGAAUAACAUACAGACAUUUAUAGCCAAACAUCCAGAUGGCGCGUCACUCACCGAGGCGUUCAACAACCGGCUCAUCUACUACACCCGGUCACGCGGCCUCUUCCGGUACUGCUACCCGAAGGAGAAGCCGCCAGCGUCAGCUGUGCAAAUCUACCUAUCUCCGGUGGAGACCCACUGCUCCAACAUUGACUACUUCCCGCAAACCGAGGAGGAUAAAUCUUCGCCCUCGUUCAACGAGGACAUCAUGGCUCGCCUGCAUUUGGCCCGUUCCGUCAUUGCCGCUUUCGUGCUAAGUUUCGUUGCCAUCUUCUGCGCCUUCUGGACCGGCCUGUCCGGAUGCUGGAAGCGAUCGGCCGGUGCCAUUACGGCCACCGCGAUACUGAUGCUGACGGCGUGCCUGCUGGCGGCCGGUGCCAUGGGACUCUGGCACACGGUUGAGUUCUUCGAGAAGGAGAAGGUCGUCGGUGAAGACUUCUUCCAGAGCUGGACCACGGUUCUCCGUGACAACACCCGCAUCUCGUACGACUGGUCGUAUAUCGUGGCCUGGGCCGGCGUGGCGUCCUCGCUGCUGGCGUCGAUUCUACUGUCCGGAGCGGCCGUCUGCCUGCGGGGCGAACGCGAAAAGGAGGAACAGCUGAACCUGCAAUACCUGAUGCCCGUGUAUCCUCAAAAGCAGCCCCCCUACCCCUACGGUGGUUUUCCCCAACCUCAGCUCUACCCGCAGCCAUACUAUCACGGAUCGCAGUACGGACCGUACAACUAUUAAGUGUUUGACCUCUCCUCCGCCGCGAGGCCAGUUUUGAGUCAAGUUUUGUCCAACCCUCGUGGACGACCAUAUUCUUACCUACGAACGCGAUUUAGUCCUUUUUUGUUUUGUUUUGUAACUCAUCCUUUACACACACACACACCUACACACAUUACACAUUCGAAAUUCAGUGAGAUCGUGAGAGAUCAUGAUGAUGCGAGAUAUGAACGUUUAACAUUUAAAUAUGAAUGCAAUUCGAAUGGGCUGUUUUCAGCCUUAUGCGCACACAACAACUCACAACACACAAACAAACUUAACCAAUCUCCUCAAUCUCUCAGUGCGCCUUUGUGCUCUCGCUUAAAUUUUCGUUUUUCACACACUUACACAAAACAAAGCAAAAAUCUAAUCCGACUCGAAAGCAAAAUUUUACUCAAAAAAAAACGCGUCUUCCCUUCUUUAAGAAUUAAAGUUAACCUCACUCGAAAACAAAAACAAAAUACUUUUACAUCACAAGUCGGAGUCGGGGAUCAACCACACUCCCAAUCACUUCUGAAAAAAACUCUCUAAUCAAACCAUACGAACAAACAAACAAUAGAAAGAUCGCACACACACAUAGGACAGUGCUGUUGCUCUUUCCACCUCUAUCUCUCUCUCUCUAACACAGUGUGAGCGUGUGUGUGACUGACUUACUCUCCUCUUUCUUUAUCUCUUUCUCUAAAUUUUAACCACACCCACCACCACUUUUCACACACAUCUUUUUUUACAUUACUUCGGUUACUUUUAAGUUUAGAUAUUUACUAUUUUUAAAAAAGUUGAAAAAGAGUAACAGUAGAGAUGCCGACGACGAAUGCAAAACACAAUGCGUUAGACUGUAAGAGCUCUUUGAAUUAAUGUUUUUUUUUCCUGUGACUUUGUGAGACUCUUUGUGAGAAGAAUAAAAAAGCAGAAGCAGCAGCAAAUUGAUGUGUAACUGAGGAUAAGAAAUGAAGAUGUAGGCAGGAGUAAAUGCGUAAUGCUCGUUUGUAUUAUGUAUAGGAGAUAAUUUAAUGCUUCGUUGUAAGGAGAAAGAAAAAUAUAUUUUAGUUAUAAAUCGA